GUGACACUCACUGGACCCGGCGGCGAGCAGCACCAGCAGAACGACACACAACAUGGUUGGUAUGCCGAAGGUGUCCUGACGGGAACGUCUCUUCUGCGAGGGCAGGACUGCAAGUUUUAUAGCGCACCGGUGGGGCCUUCAAUUUGCAUAGCGGCACCACAUGUGCCAUUAAAGAUGGCAGAUACUGUACAUAUUUGGAAACAAGUGUUUGCAGUUGCUUUGAAAAAUGAGCAUUUUCCCUGUAAAAGUAUUUUCAAGUUGACUUAAAAUGUUUCACCGCACAGUUUAUCAUAGAACCAACCCAAAUACUUGAACACAACAUUUAAACACAAGUGUAAAUUAAUAAUGGAGAAUAUUUUGAAGUGAAUCCAUCAAAAGGGAGUGUUAUUGUCAAUAUUGUAGUCCUGCUUGAAGCUUGAAAACACACGAGUGUAAAAAUACCCAGCAAGUUGUUAGGUGAACAUGAAUGAUCAAUAAAUUGAUUCAUCUGGGGUUUUUUUUGGGGGGGGGAGUUUUGCCUCGUUUCUAACUACUGUACAUCAAAGUAAUGAGAAAUGCAUAUUCUUUGCCAGAAUUAAAAAGAAAAGACAGUCACACAAAAAAAGAAUUUCAGGCCUUCUGUGUGAUUCAUCUCACAGUCCGAAAUGCAAAAGAGCAGUUAAAAGCCUGAGAGGUCAAAUAAAAGCACGAAAACUCGGAAUUUUGCUUUCAUGUUCUUUGGGUGUUUCCUGUAUGUGGCUUUAGUUUGACCAUAGAAUGUAAAAGAAAAUGAAUGCAGCGCAAAUGAAAUGCACAAAUUCCCAUGAUUUUUUUUUUACAUCUUGAAACGUGCUUCCAGCCUAUUUCAGGUGAAAGAUGUUUUUUAUGGUUCCUGUUUCACAUGAGCAGGUGGCGUCCCACGCGUGCAAACAGAAGACAUAUUGAGGUUAAAAUGUAAUUUGAAACAUUGCCUAAAAAGUUGAUCAAGCUUCACGUUGAGGCCACGGAACAAAUACAAUUGUUAUCCGAUGUGAUAUUUUAGGGGAGGUUAGUACAAUUUGGAGUCCCAUGCAAGAUACCAGAUCGUUGGGUCUCAAUGAUCCUUAGAAAGGUGAGGAAUCAGCCCAGGACUACACGGCAGGAUUUGGUCAAUGACCUGAAUAGAGCUGGGACCACCGUUUCCAACAUGAGUGUUGGUAAUACGCUAAGACGUCAUGGUUUGAAAUAAUGCACGGGACGAAAGGUUCCCUUGCUUAAACCAGCACAUGUCAAGGCCCGUCUCCAGUUUGCUAAUGACCAUUUGGAUGGUACAGAAGAGUCGUGGGAGAAAGUUUUGUGGUCAGAUGAGACCAAAAUGGAACUUUUUGGUCGUUAUUCCACUAACUGUGUUAGGAGGAAAACGAAUGAUGAGUUCCAUACCAAGAACACUAUCCCUACCCUGAAGCAUGAGGCUGGGAACAUCAUGCGUUGGGGGUGUUUUUCUGCAUAUUGGACAGGACCACUGCACUGUAUUAAGGAGAGGAUGACCGUGGCCAUUUAUUCUGAGACUUUGGGGAACAACGUCUUUCCCUCAGUCAGAGCAUUGAAGAUGGGUCAUGGCUGGGUCUUUCAACAUGACAAUGACCCGAAGCACACAGCCAGGAAAACCAAGGAGUGGCUUCGUAAGAAGCGUAUCAAAGUUCUGGCGUGGCCGAGCCAGUCUCCAGACCUAAACCCAAUAGAAAAUCUUUGGAGGCAGGUGAAACUCCGUGUUUCUCAGCAAAAGCCCAGAAACCUGUCUGAUCUACAGAGGUUCUGUGUGGAGGAGUGGGCCAAAAUCCCUCCUGUAGUGUGUGCAAACCUGGUGAACAUCUACAGGAAACGUUUGACCUCUGUAAUUGCAAAUAAAGGCUACUGUACCAAAUAUUAACAUUGGUUUUCUCAGGUGUUCAAAUACGUACUUACAGCUGUACCACACAAAUAAAUUGUUGAAAAAAUAAUCCAUUGUUGUCAUGAUCCUGCAGCUCCAGCACGAGCUGUGCGAAGCCCGCGUGGGUGCCCGCGUGGGUGCCCGUGCGGGUGCGCUUAUUGAGGCGCAGACCUGCGUCUCAUGCGGGCUGAUUAGUCCGUGUAUUUAUAUCACCCCGAUGACGACUGGUGGGUGCCAGUUCGUUGAGCUUCAUGUCCCAUUCGAGUGCUCCGGUAUCCCUGAUCGUCAUCCUGUGUGUACCGACCUUCGCCUGUUCUCCGACCAACCUUGUAAGCCUGACUCCUUCGAUACUUCUGCCUGCUUGGAUUGUUCCCCUGUGUACUGACUCCUGCCUGCCCGCUCACCUGCUCUCUUCACCCGACGUCCCAACUACCGCUGCUGCACCGGACUGCCUGCUCGAUCCCCGACCUCGCCAUAUAAUAAACGUUUCUCCUUGAACUACCUUGCAUCGUCCAAGUCCUACAUUUGGGUCCUACUCCCGUUCCGAUGGGACGUGACAGAACGAACUGGCCACAACAGGACCCAGCAGGAAAGACCCGGCGUCGCCGGGACCGACGCAAGGUAGACCAUCUGCCGGAGGACCAAGCCUGUCCGAUCCGGGUAGACUCCUUGACGUCCCCCGCUUCCGUGUCUUACACUCCGCCAGCGAGGUAUGAAUACGUACCGAACACGACCCGUCCGGCUCCUCAUAUUCUUCUGGACUCUGACUUUUCGGAAUAUGAGGAGGACCGUGAUUUGUAUGACCGGCUGCCUGAGUACGACUCCGAUGACUUUGAUUUUGAAUCUCUUUACCCGGCUUUUCAUCCCAGUCAGUUUGCUCCACCUCCCCCCGUUCCCAGCACCCGAACGUCUUCGCCCGGUGGAUACAAAUACACCAAUCCGUUUGAGGGAACCCGCUUGGCCAUCUAACCGUGACCUCCGCGGGGCGGCCAGAGGAGACGCCCCGGCCGGGCGCUCCCUGGUGUCUCCCGCUGGGUGGCAACGAAGACACCGUCCUCCCACUCUUCGCCGGAAACGGUGAGACCGGCAGACCCGCAGCUGGUGGCGAAGCUUCCAGCCCAGAGGGAGGAGGAGCCGCCAAAUCGCGAUGCGUUCUACCGUGAAAUGCGGGCGGAUAUAGAGCGGCAGAGCGCCGAAUUGGCAGUUCUCACGGGCCAGGUCCGGCAAGGAUUGGCGAACGAGCCGAGCUACGCUGACGUCACAACUGCGACAGACUCGCUGCUGAUGCAGGUUCACGUGGCAGUUGGAACUGACCCGCUCCCAAGACACGCCCACGUGUCAGUUUCGACUGACUCUCUGCCUACUCUCGCUCACGUUGCUGUGGAAACCGACCCGCCCCCUCGCCAAGCGCACGCUGCAGUGGGAACGGACUCUCCACCUUGCCAAGUGCACGUCGCAGUGGGAACGGACUCGCCACCUCGCUAAGCGCACAUAGCUGUGGAAACUUACCCGCCUCCUCGCCAUUCCCACGUCGAGGUUUUGGCUGUUCCGAGCAGAGUUCUCGCGGCAGUUGGAACUGUCCCGCUCCCGAGACCCGCUCAUGUGUCAGUUUUGAUUGACUCUCUGCCGACUCUCGUUCACGUUGCCCUGGAAACGGAUUCGCCACCGCGCCACGCCCACGUUGCUGUCUCAACGAAUGCACCGCAAGCUCACGUGGCAGUGGGGACCGACCCGAUGCCUUCUCACAUUGCUGUAAAGGAGGUGGUGAUGGCGAGGGCCAUGGUGUCGCCACCUUCUCACGUUGCUGUCCAGGAGGUGGCAACGUCUCCUCAGCCGCUUCCCGUCCGUGCUCCGGAGUACCAGUGGCGACCGGCCCGCGGACGCUCCCGGUUCCUGCUUCGUCGGCGACCGGCCCGCGGUCGCUCCCGGUUCCUGCUUCGUCGGCAACCGGCCCGCGGUCGCUCCCCAUUCCUGCUUCGUCGGAGACCGGCCCGCAGUCGCUCUCCAUUCCUGCUCUGUCGGCGACGGGCACGCCCAUACGUUCCCAUCCAGGAGGUGGCAAUGGUGACACUGACGCUGCCUUUUCACGUUCCUGUCCAGAAGGUGGAGACGGUUCCCCAGCCGCCUCACGUUGCCGUCCAGGAGGGGGCAAUGGCACCACGGCCUCCUCACGUUCCCGUCCAGGAGGAGGUGGAGUUGGUGAUGCUGCCUCCACCUUCUCACGUUCCUGUCCAGAAGGUGGCGACGGUUCCCCAGCCGCCUCAGGUUGCCGUCCAUGAGGGGGCGAUGGCACCGCGGCCUCGUCACGUUCCCGUCCAGGAGGAGGUGGAGUUGGUGAUGCUGCCUCUGCCUUCUCACGUUCCUGUCCAGGAGGUGGCGACGGUUCCCCAGCCGCCUCACGUUGCCGUCCAGGAGGGGGUGAUGGCACCGCGGCCUCCGCACGUUCCCAUCCAGGAGGAGGUGGAGUUGGUGAUGCUGCCUCCGCCUUCUCACUUUCCUGUUCAGGAGGUGGCGACGGUUCCCCAGCCGCCUCACGUUGCCGCCCAGGAGGGGGCGAUGGCACCGCGGCCUCCCCACAUUCCCGUCCAGGAGGAGGUGGAGGUGGAGUUGGUGAUGCUGCCUCCGCCUUCUCACGUUCCUGUCCAAGAGGUGGCGACUGUUCCCCAGCCGCCUCACAUUCCUGUCCAGGAGUACCAGCGGCAACUGGUCCACGGCCGUCCCACGCCCUUGUCUUGACGGCGACAAGAGCUGGGGAGUUCUGAUGAGCUACCCCGGAGCUGGAGAGACUUCGGGAUGGCUGUGAUGGUAAUGGUGGCAGUCAUGGCUCUGGUCCUUCUCUCCAUCAUCCUAUUCACUCAAGAUGGCUCCCAGCCGCUUCAUGACCUGGCCUCGUUGGUGACCAAUCCACGGCUGC